AAGAACAAAUUAUGCAGAUCCUUGCUUAUUCCGUGUAGAUGGAGGGAGGUGUAUACGAGAAGAUGCUAGAUCCAUCAAAGUUUAAAGGUUUUCAAGGGGUGUUUGCUAUUUGGUUCGUUUUACUGAACCAGGAAUCUGGGGUAAAGCACUAAAGCCACGAAAGGUUGUACCUCGGAGAAGGCCAUGUCUAAAUUGGGUAUCUUUCGGACGAGAUGGCGAAGCACAAAUAUAGAAAGUGUAGGAGACGAGAGGGGGAGGGGGGAAAAGGGAGUAGGAAUUGACAGUUCCAGGGAAGUUAGACGAGGGAGAGCAGACGAACCAUGUGACUCCUCUCCCUUCCCAAAUACCGGACCACCAGCCACAGUCUUGGCUGGGCUCGGCUAUUGGGAGACCCGACGAACCAGCCGGGGAACCAGAGCAGCGGGUAUUCGGUACGCUGAAGUAUGCGCCCAGGCUUACUAUGGAGUAGGUCUGGUACCUGCUGGGAGACCCUUAACACCGCCCGGACCCCCCCGCGGAGUUAGGGUCAGCCGGACGAGAGGCCCAAGCCUGCAGAGUUGCCAGAGGCGCCGCCGCUGUAAUGCCAGGUUCCCCCGAAAUUCAGGCAGGCAGGCGGGUUCAACCCCGGACUCUUCCCAAGUCCGUCCCAGAACUCUACUAGUUCUGUCUCUUCCAACCCCCCCCCCCCCCAAACUCCUCCAUCAUCCAAUAAUCUAGUCCCUUCUUUUUCUUCGCUUCUUUCCUCUUCUCUCCGCUCGCUCCGUCGCUU